CCUGGCUGGGACGCUGGGAGGGUGGCUCCGACUGCUCGAGCUGGGGGCGCCUCUGUGGACUGAAGUUUUGGGAAGGGAUGUUGUGAAAGGAAUCCCUGCACUUUAAUACACACACACGUGUAUAUAUAUAUAUAUAUAUACACAUAGUACCUGAGAUCAUCAGCAAUAAGCUGUCAUAUAUAUUCAAGAAUGUUUCAGACGUUUAAAGACUGGUUUUGGUUGGAAAGAUUCUGGCUUCCAACAACAAUAAAGUGGUCAGAUCUCGAGGAUCAUGACGGGCUUGUCUUUGUAAAACCCUCUCAUUUGUAUAUGACAAUUCCAUGUGCCUUUGGCUUGCUGAUUAUCAGACAUUUCUUUGAAAAGUUUAUUGCCACACCUCUAGCAAAAGCAUUUGGCAUUAAAGAGGAAGUUCGAAAGAUUAUACUAAACCCUGUCUUAGAGAACUUUUUCAAACAUUCCACAAGGCAACCAUCUCAAACUGAUAUUUAUGGACUGGCAAAGAAGUGUAACUUGACAGAGCGCCAGGUUGAAAGAUGGUUUCGGGGUCGGCGGAACCUAGAGAGGCCUUGCAGGAUGAAGAAAUUCCAGGAAGCUUGCUGGCGAUUUGCAUUUUACUUAGUGAUUACUGUUGCUGGAGUCGCAUUUCUCUAUGAUAAACCUUGGGUGUAUGACCUCUGGGAGGUGUGGAAUGGCUACCCCAGACAGCCCUUGCUGCCAUCCCAGUACUGGUACUACAUUUUGGAGAUGGGGUUUUACUGGUCUCUCUUAUUCAGCCUGGGCUCUGAUGUCAAGAGGAAGGAUUUUCUAGCUAAUGUCAUCCACCACCUGGCUGCUAUUAGUUUGAUGAGCUUCUCUUGGUGUGCUAACUACAUUCGCAGUGGGACCCUGGUGAUGAUCGUGCACGACGUGGCCGACAUUUGGCUGGAGUCUGCUAAGAUGUUUUCUUAUGCCGGGUGGAAGCAAACCUGCAACAUCCUGUUUUUCAUCUUUUCUGCAAUAUUUCUCAUCAGCCGCCUCAUCAUUUUUCCCUUCUGGAUUUUAUAUUGCACGCUGAUUAUACCUCUGCACUACCUCGAUCCUUUUUUCUCCUACAUCUUCCUCAAUCUGCAGCUCAUGGUCCUGCAAGUCCUUCACCUGUACUGGGGUUACUUCAUCCUGAAGAUGCUCAAAAGAUGCAUAUUCACGAAGAACAUCCAGGAUGUGAGAAGUGAUGAUGAGGAGGAGUAUGAAGAAGAGGAUGAGGAAGAAGAGAAGGAGGAGAAGGAAGAGGCCACCGAAAGCAAAGAGAAAGACUGUUUGAAGAAUGGACUUGGGACCGACAGGAACCUCAUUCCCAAUGGCCAGCAUGGCCGUUAGCUCGAAGCCCACGUAGGUCCUGGGCACCCUGUGUGGUGAGGACUGCUGGGAGCCGGAAGUGCUGCCCCUCGUCAUGGUGGCCCACAGGACUCCCAGGGACCCUGAAUUCUGCCCUUCCUCUUUCUAACCCCCCUUCAAAUGUAUUUAACAAAAUGUUGUUGAAUUGUGUUAAAAUGUUAAAUAUAAGUGUUUCCAUGGAUUUACUGCAGUUAGGACUCAGACUGGUCAAAGAUUUCAAAGGUCUCUCCAGAGAAAUGUUUUGGUUCUAACUGUUGUGUUCGUUCAUUGGAGACAUUGGCCUUUUCAGGAACUCUCUUUGCUAUGGGCCUUUCGCCUUCCUGCCUGGCUCAUCCUAAGGUGGUGUGAGAAGUGUGCUAAGUUAACCCACUUUCUCCUGGUAUGUUUGGCCACAGAGAGCAGCUCAUUUCCCAAAAAUGAAUUAGAGGUGGCAGUAGAGCAGGGACAGAAGCAGCAAACCAGAAGACCAGGCUUCCAGGCCCCUGGGCCACUUCCUGUCCCUGGCUUGUCAUUUAAACCCUCCCAUGCCUUGGCGCUUCAUCUCUCCUGUGGGAAUAGUAGUGCCUGCCCCGCCCACCUCACGGGACUGGAGCAGGGAUCCAAGAGACAGCAGGACUGCAAGUGCCUGCUGUCAGCUGUGGUGCAACUGUCACCUGACCCUCUUUUCACUACGAUUCCAGCUCUGUUUGCGAGACAGAAACUCUGGCUAGGCUUGGCAUGGAAUGGCCUGAACGGACAACCACUGUCUUAAAAGAAUUCCCAUUAAAAGUAUCUGGAAAUACCUGGAAAUACAAAUACCCAAAAGGCUGUUCCCAUUAUAUUCGGUAACUAUUUAUCAGUCCCCAAGGGUAAUUCUCAGAUUCCCCCCUCCCUCGGGCCCAAUGGCCUAGGGGAGGG